GUAAUAAGCAAAUUUUCACUAAAAAUACACACAUAGUACAUAUAUGAAAUAGGAACGAUGUCAAAAGAGAAUAAAAAGUCAUUAAUUCAACGUGAUUCGUUGUCUGAAGCUGAAAAAUGGCAUCUUAUCAUUGAUAAUUCACUGAAAUUCUUAAGUCUAGGCCUAAUAUGUGGUGGCGCAUCUUCUCUAUUGAUAUUUCGUUCGCUUACUGCAAGAGCUGCUACUACAGCAUUUGGUGCUGGAUUUGGUUUAGGCAAAUCGUAUGUCGAUACCAAAUUUAUACUGGGCCAUGAUAUUCCUGCGGAGGCGAUGUGGACUGCUCAGGUUGUGCCUCUUAAAAGUGAUAAGGGAUCAAUCGAAUGAAGGCCUUGUGUGUUUUUAACAUUAUAUAAGUGUCCGCACUAUCAUAAGCUUGAACAUAUUUCUAUAUACAUAUAUAUUGCCACUAAUCGAAUAUUUUUAUGCACGAAGGUUGAGGUUGAUUAUCAUAGUUUUUGUUUAAUUAUAAUGUCUAUUGUAUUUUUUUACAAAAUAUCGAAGUUCGGUUUGAUGUGUGUUUCUGAGCGUAGACAAAAAAAUAUAAAUAUGAUCACUAGGAAUAUAAUCACAUGAAAAUAAA